UGCGCUGACGCUUUGCCCCUCCUACCUUAGCGUCGCCGUAGAGACACCCUUCAAACGUUUGUCAUCUAGACCCGUUUCUAGCUAAGGGGUAGUCCUUCGGAAGCCGCCGACCCCGAACUCGUCCACGCUCUGGCGCUUGAACAGGAAAGAUGCUUUCCGCAACUCUCACCGUGCUUCUAGCUUUAUUCAGCCUGGCACAGAGCAAACAUAAAGACUUUUAUACUUUCAAAGUUGUGAACAGCAGAGGCAAGUUAGUGUCACUUGAAAAAUACAGGGGCUCGGUGUCCCUGGUCGUGAAUGUGGCCAGUGAAUGUGGCUUCACUGAGGAACACUACAAAGCUCUUCAGAAACUGCAACGGGACUUUGGGCCAUAUCACUUCAAUGUCCUGGCGUUCCCCUGCAACCAAUUUGGACAGCAGGAACCCGGCAGUGACAAGGAGAUCGACAGCUUCGUUCGCAGAGUCUACGAAGCCUCUUUUCCCCUGUUUAGUAAAAUUGCUGUUGUAGGAACAGGAGCUAACAAUGUCUAUAAGUACCUUGUUGAGUCCUCUGGUAAGGAGCCCGACUGGAAUUUCUGGAAGUACCUUAUCGAUGUAGAUGGAAAAGUGGUGGAUGCAUGGGGACCAAAGGUUUCUGUUGAAGAAAUACGUCCAAAAGUAGCAGAAAUGGUGCGGCAGAUAAUCUUAAAGAAGAAAGAAGAGUUGUGAUAUCGUAUGUCUGUAGAUUCUCAGCCAUCCAGGUCAUGGGCAUCCGCAAAGCUUGAAUCAAGGCAGGUGGACUGUUCUUGUUGAAGACGUUUCACCUUUAAUUCAAAAGGCUUCUUCAGGUCGAAAUGUUUAGGUGUGGAGUUACCCUAUUUAUCCCUCGGUGGGUGUGUCCCCUGGGUCUGUUCAACAAUCGGAUGUUGUUGUUGUUGCCUGGCUUGGUAAGUGAAAUGACCAUCCUCAUCUUGUGUCAAAACAGCUCGUUACGGCUCUUCCUGUUGAAUUAGGCGAUCUUUGGGGGUAGAGAUGUCAGGACAUUGUUGGAGAACCAGAAGCCUCUUUAUUGCCAAGUAUGUAAAAAACACACAAGGAAUUUGUCUCCGGUAGUUGCAGCUGCUCUCGUUUGACAAUUGACAGCCAUUUUGAGAGUAAAUACUCUGAGACAUAAAAACACACUACGGACAGUCACUUAGCCUCUAGCAAUUUAAUGGCAAGAGGGAAGAAGCUGUUGGAAUGUCUGCUAGUUUGAGUUUGGAGGAGGGUCCAAGAGGAUUUUGCACGCUCUUGUCUUUGUUCUGGCAGCGUGGAAACCCUCAAGGGUGGGUAGGGGCGUGCCGACGAUUUUUCAGUCCGUUGCAGUCGGAGUUUUGUGCCAGCACCAAAACCAGACUGUGAUGGAUGAACACAGGAUUGAUUCGAUGACCGCUGUGUAGAACUGCCUCAGCAGCUCCCGUGGCAGGUCGUGCUUCCUCAGAAGCCGCAGGAAGUACAUCCUCUGCUGGGCCUUUUUGAGGACGGAGUUGAUGUUCGUCGCUCACUUCAGGUCCUGAGAGAUAAUGUCUCUUCCCCCCAAAGAGCACGUCAUUCAAUGGGAAAAGAGACCCAAACAAGCUGUUUUGCCAGACCAGUGAACAACUGAUUCGUAUGCAGGGCGGUGAUUUCCCUCACCAAGCCGGGCAACAACAAAAACACCCUAUUGUCGACCACACCCAGGGAAGAUACACAGUGAGGGAUAAGUAGGGAGAUGCCACACCCAAAAAUUUUGAAUUGAAGCAGCCUUUUGGGUAACAGGCAAAAUGGCUUCAAGAAACAAAUAGUCCAGCUGCCUUGAUUCAACCAUUGCAGAUUGUAAUAUCCGACUUCACCUUCUGAUUGUGCACUCCACUGUUUUGCAUGAGUAGAUUCAAAUGAAUUUCCUCAGGGAAACAAAUAAUCGAGCAUCAAAUUCAUUCUGCAAGAAAGCAUUUGCCAUGCACUAAUUAAACACCCAAAAACGUGUUUCCCCAUUGAGUGUAUGUAGUACGUUUGCUUUUGUAUUCAUCCAUCCAUCCAUUUUCUGAGCCGCAUAUCCUCCCAAGGGGCACGGGAGUGCCGGAGCCUAUCCCAGCUAUCAUCGGGCAGGAGGCGGGGUACACCCUGAACUGGUCGCCAGCCAAUCGCAGGGCACAUACAAACAAACAACCAUCCGCACUCACAUUCACACCUACGGGCAAUUUAGAGUUGUCAAUCAACCUACCAUGCAUGUUUUUGGGAUGUGGGAGGAAACCGGAGUACCCGGAGAAAACCCACGCAGGCACGGAGAGAACAUGCAAACUCCACUCAGGCGGAUUGAACCCUGGCCCUGAGAACCAGACGCUCUAACCAGUCGCCCACUGUGCCGCUGGUUUUGUAUUCAUUUGUAUUAUUAUUUUUUUUAAUAAAUUUGCUUUCAUGGUAA